AUGAUAUUGCGACGGUUCGCCGUAAGGCAGACGCGCGCCUUUAUUCAAGCCAGCCGUCAAACGCCCAUUCAGUCUCGGUUUUUAUCCAGCCAAGUUCCUACUCAAACCAUCCCAAAUGCCGAAUUGAAAUUGAGUCAAGGCGCAGAGGUGGAAAAUAAUGAACCGGAGAGUCUUGUUCCGUCAGGAUGGAGCCAGUAUGAGACCAGUGUAGCAGCAAAGAAUCGAUUCAAUCGGCUCGGAACUCAGAUCAAAGGUGCUUACCGACCCGAAAGUCUGAUAACUAACCCUCCCAAGGCUUCUGAUAUCACUCUUGAACUUCUUCUCGCCUCUCAAGCACAUAUUGGACACUCGACUUCUCUUUGGAACCCUGGAAAUUCAGGAUACAUACAUGGUAUUCGUGAGGGUGUUCAUAUAAUCUCUCUCGACGUUACGGCAGCCCAUUUACGACGAGCAGCCAAGGUUGUUCAAGAAGUUGCUCGAGUUGGCGGUCUUAUCUUAUUCGUCGGUACGAGGAAGGGCCAUAAACGAGCCGUUGUUCGUGCGGCGGAGCUAGCGCAGGGUUGCCAUGUCUUUGAUCGCUGGGUUCCCGGGUCUCUCACCAACUCCUUGCAGAUCUUGCAAAAAUGUGAGGUUAAACUUGUGGAUGCUUUGGACAGAGAGGUAGAUUAUCCGGGAUUCCAGAAAAUAGACCCCGAGAGAGCACCAUUGAAGCCGGAUUUGGUCGUCUGUUUUAAUCCUCUCGAGAACAAGCCACUGCUUCAGGAAUGUGCUAGUAUGAAUAUUCCUACCAUUGGAGUUAUUGAUACCGAUGCCGACCCUACCCGCGUCACCUACCCUAUACCCGCCAAUGAUGAUAGUCCCCGAUGCAUAAGUGUUAUUGCGGGUGUUUUGGGAAGAGCUGGAGAAGAGGGGCAAAAGAAGCGUUUGGAACAGUCGGCUGCUGGAGAUCUGCCUUAUAAGCCCAUCGUUCUUCAAUCCCAAAAGGAUAUGCUGUCUUAA